UGGCUCAGAUGAAAUUGCUUGCAUUCGACUGAGUCAGUCGAAAGUGAUAGCUGUCUCCAAUCAGUUCAUAGUUUGCAGACGAGCAGUGCCACACGAAUUUCAUAUUCUUCAUCUUCUUUUUUUCUCUUAGAAUCUAACAUAAGCAUUUCACAAUGUAUUUACGAUCGGUCAACGGAAUCAUAUUCAUUUUAAUUUAUGGUUUUAACAGUGUUAAUUGUGAAGAUGACUUUGGUCGUUCGUCGUUUGUGAGUUCUUCGGAUGAACAACAGCAAAUUAUAUUGGAAGGUGGAAACGAAAGAUCAAUUGAUGUUGAAACACGAUCAAGCUACGGUGGAGCUUGUUCGGGCGGAAAAAUUUGUGUACCAAUGUCAGAAUGCACGGCAAUGUAUUAUGAGGCGGCCAAAUCGUGUUACACUGGUGAUCGAUCCGUGUAUUGUGGGAGCAAUCAAUAUGAACCAUUCAUAUGUUGCCCGAAAAGUCCCGUCGAACAAAAUAGUGUGUGUGGAAAAACAUUGGUUGCCGGACAAUUUUAUCGUGGAUUGGGUGCAUUCCCGUUUGUCGCCCGAAUCGGUUUUAAAAACCUGAAACAAAAUACAGUUGCUUAUCCGUGCACUGGCAGCAUCAUUUCGAGACGAGUGAUUCUAACAGCAGCUCACUGUGCGUUGGCCAAAGCUGAAGGAUAUCGCUUAACCAGCGUCCGACUGGGAGAGUACGAUACAAGCAGUGAUCCUGAUUGUUCGGCAUCCGGUUUCUGCGCUCCAACCGUAAUAAAUCAUUUAAUAUCGCAUGUUAUCAUUCAUCCAGAUUAUAAGCACGGACACUAUCAUCAUGACAUUGCAUUAGUGAUAUUGAAAACACCAUUAAAUUAUACAGUUGCAUCACAACCGAUUUGUCUUCAUCCCGAUCGAGAUAAUUUGAUUGUGGGAAAACGUGCCACCAUUGUUGGAUGGGGAAAAAUGUCACAUAUACAACGGCAACCGGUUAUGCAAUUUUUGGAAGUUCCAUUAACCGCAUGGGAUCAAUGCGCACGUAUUUAUGGGUCAACUGGUGCUUUGGAAUCACCUAAAUCGGUUGAAGGACAGUGGAUGUGUGCGGGCGGUGAAGGUCGUGAUGUGUGUGCUGGUUUCGGUGGAGCCCCGUUAGUGAUCAAAGAGAGUGGUGUAUAUUUACAAGUUGGUAUCAUGUCGUUCGGAUCCGACAAUUGUGGCGGACGUAAUAUUCCGAGUGUGUAUACCUCGAUCGCUCACUUUAUUCAGUGGAUAAAGGAAAACUCACCGUCCGAUCAACGAAACCAAAUCAAAAUCAUUUCGGUUACCCCAAAUUCACUUUCAUUCCGUGAUCCUUAUCAUUAUAGGUAUUUCUGAUCUGAAUGGAAUUUGUACGGAUACCAUAUAUAUAAAUAACGUUACCAGUUUGGAAUCCGCUCGUACAAACGUAUUCGUUGUGCAAUGUAAAUAUAUAUAUAUUAUAAAUAGUUUUUAUUCACUUGCGAUUGAAAUGUGAUCAAUAAUAAAUUUAACAAUAAUACUUUCGCGUGUAGACGUACAAUCAAACAAAAAAAAUCUUUCCUUCUUAUUAGCAAACAAAACGUGUGAUUUUCUCUCUCUGUUUCUUUUUAAUAUAAUAGAACAACUUAUUCAAAAGUAUAAAAUUCACAAUAAUAAAUAAUAAAUAUAGUUAACAGUGAUGUAUGAAUGGAAAUAAAAAAAAUUAUUCUUAAAUGACUUAAAUACAAAUGACAUAGUACUACUAAAAGGCACAAUGAAUUUUAAAUUGUUCUUUUGC